AUGGCUACGUUUGAUGUGGAGGGGUUUGUUGAAAAUCCAUCCGUAGAAAUGUUAAAAGACAGUGUGUUAAGAAAGGAUGAUGGGAUGAAACUUGCCGAUACAUAUGAGAUUGAGUAUCGACGUAGUCAAAGAAAGUCUGAAAUUAAAAAUGCAGUAUUAACUGAGCUUGUAAAUGAAGAGGUGCUACCGAAGGGGGCACUGACUUUGCGUUCAUUUGACCCCAGAGAAACUGUAGAGAUAAGAAAGUUAGAAAUGGAGCAUAGAAGGCUAGAACGAGAAAAGGAUAAGUUGCAUGAGUUGGCUUUGAAGGAAAGAGAAGAAAGGGAAAGAGAGCGUGAAAGACAGCAUGAAUUAGCGUUAGCACAGGUUAGCAGUAGAAGACCAGACUUACAGGCAUUGUCUUUAGUAUCUGAGACAAAAUUGUUUGAUGUGACAAAACAUUUGAGACUUGUGCCUGCUUUUGACGAGGAGGAUCCACAAGAGUUUUUCAUGCAGUUUGAGAAGAUUGCAAAGUCUUUUCAGUGGCCUGAAGAGUCGUGCUAUGAUUCCAAAUUCGGUAUUCUGAGCGGCCCUUCCACUGCAUUACCAUUAACCCCUGCCCUGCCCUGUCAGACAAUGAUGUAUGUGACGUCUCUACUAGGACUCUUCAUAGUAUUAGCGUCCUCCGGUGUGCCAAGGCUGCCUCGCCUUCAGGACAGACCUUUAAUAGCUGCGGUGGAGGAUGUGUUGGCCUCAGUCACUGAUCCUUACUGCUUCCUUGUAUUCAUCACGGACGGCAGUACCUGGCCCAUCGCUCUUUAUAAGGGCAUACAUCAUUACCACGCCCCUUGGGGUGUGGGAGCGUUCGAGGUGGUAGUGGACGGCCAGAACGCUAACGUGACACAGGCGCAACUCUCCUGGGUGGUCGACGAGGCUCGGCGGCUGCGGCAGGUGUCAUGGUGCGUGACGGUGGUGGUGGUGAGCGACGACCCAGCCUUCCUCGUCACCUUCGCUGAGUUAUCUGUUAAGGGCCGCCUCCUGGUGUGGUCGUCGAGGCUUCUCAUUGUCACCCGCCCUUUUCUCCUAGAGCUGCAAGGUCUCCAUAAGUUACUCUCCCUUAAUAACGCCAUGUUGCUCAUCAUGGAUGAAUCUUCAACUUCUCGCCAGUCUACUGUUUACAUUCACUUACCUUUCACAACCCAUGAGGCAGAGCCACUGAAGGUUGCCAUCUGGACGCCCCACCGAGGCCUCACCCUGACCACCAGCCUCCCGCUCUUCCCUGACAAGUUCUUCAU